AAAAAGUAUAACUGAAACGGAAGGAAACGGAAGAGUAUUGUCACGUAUCCGAAAUUAACAGUUAAAUCGGAUCUAUAAAUUUCCCAUAUAAGGUUAAGCUUUGCAAUGGAAGGAGGCGAAUCGACUGGUGUGUCCGAAGAUGCCCUGCCCUUACCAGCGAUGCCAACACUUGACACGCAGUUAGGCGUAUCUGCAACUGAAAAUGUCAGUCAAACAAUCGAAAUGCAAAAUGUUGCAGAAGAUCAAACAUUACCAAAGCGACCGCGUUUACAAACAUCAGAUGGGGAAAGUCUGGAACGGCGAAGUGCAUCAGUAAUUGCUGAAAUAUCGCCACCGCAUGAUAGGUGGGCUUUUAAUUUGCUCAUUGUAAACUUGUCGAGAAACAUCACAGACGCAGAAUUUAGACAAAUGAAAGAAGUGUAUAAGGGGAACAUUCCAAGAAAAAUACUGAACAGCUUUAAAACACCAAUGGAUCUUUUCGACAUGAUGCAGAAGACUCUUUGUUUAACACCAGUAAACUUGCUACAACUCGAAGGAAUAUUCUGGAAUCUUGGCAGGCAGGACUUAAUGGAUCAGGUUAUAGAAUACGGUAGAAAAACCGGAAACGUUAUUUAUUUUCAACCGGCAUCACUGGCACCAGGUAAUACAAUGAUAAAGAAAUAA